UCUCAGAAAUCAUCACUAAUGACAUUUGAUUUGUCAGAACAAAUAGGGGCCAACUCAGAUGCAUGUGAGAGCACACGCAUAACUUCCACUUCUUGGUUAUUGGCUGGCAAGAUCCCAUUACUAAAGAACAAAUAGGAUAAAAUGUAUGUUUGAGACCAUUUUGGAAAUAUAGUUUACCACAUCAUUACUUGUUCUGCUGUUUUCUGAAGUUUUAUGAAUCUUUCUCAUUUGCUGUGGUUUCCUCUUUUAAUCUAUUUGUCCUUGUUUUGGGAUACUUCAAAAUCUUUUUCACUGUAAUUUUAGUUUUAGCAUAGAUGAUUUGAUUCAAUCCAUCGUAGGUAAUCUUGUUGCUGAUUGUUGCUCCAGAACUCUUACCCUGCUGGAGAACAAAUGGUCUUGUCAUUAUCAUCUGGUUGUUUUGUGGUCUAGUUGUGUAUCAAGGCAGCAGGGUUGUGUUUGGGAGACGUUCACCCUGCAAUAAGGGGAUUAUUAAGAAAUACACUGGUACAUUUUAUGUGGAGGAUUUAAAUGUGUCUACUUUUUAUCGUCAGACUGCAUCAGCAUAAAUAGCAUCAGUUUAUAAGCGCUUUCUGUUUACCGGAGUGAGGAGUAGAGAACGGUGUCCUUAGUGAACAGUAGCACUGUCCUAUUCAUCCUGUUUUUUCUUCAGUGGUGGAUUUUGAAUCUCUUGAGAAAGCACUUUAAGUUUCAUUUUAAGAGAAUUAAUAAAUCAAUCAUCUUGAAAUGAUAGCCAGAACUUUUAAGAUGCUGAAAUUUGUAAUUAUUGGAAAACUGUAUAAUCUGGAGGAAAGAAAAUACUUUAAUGAGGAUGUAAAACUUUUUUAGGGAUUUGGAGGUUACUAUGGAAUACACAGUGUUUCAUAUAAGAACAUUUCUCUUCCACAGGACUUAAAUACUAUUUAUUCUUAUCUUCAUGGAAUGGAAAUAUUAUCAAAUCUCAGGGAACACCAGCUUAGAUUAAUGUCUGCAAGAGCACGCUAUGAGAGAUACAGUGGUAAUCAGAUUCUUUUUUGCUCAGAAACGAUUGCCAGAUGUUGGUAUAUCCUGCUUUCUGGAUCUGUGCUUGUGAAAGACUCCAUGGUCUUACCUCCCUGCAGUUUCGGUAAGCAGUUUGGAGGAAAAAGAGGAUGUGAUUGUCUUGUAUUAGAGCCUUCAGAAAUGAUUGUGGUAGAGAAUUCUAAAGACAAUGAAGAUAGUUUUCUACAAAGAGAAAUUCCUGCCAGACAAUCUCGAAGAAGGUUUCGGAAAAUUAACCAUAAAGGAGAGCGCCAAACCAUUACUGACAAUGUGGACAUCAAUAGCUAUCUUUCUCUUCCAGCUGAUCUUACCAAGAUGCACCUCACUGACAGCCCUCAUCCCCAGGUGACUCCUGUGUCUUCUAGUCAGUCUGCUUGUAGCAUUGCCAGUGACUCUGGAAGCAGCAGUUUAUCUGAUAUCUAUCAGGCUACAGAAAGUGAGGUAGGAGAUGUAGAUUUGACACGCCUUCCAGAAGGACCUGUUGAUUCUGAGGAUGAAGAAGAGGAAGAUGAAGAGAUUGACCGCACAGAUCCACUACACGGGCGGGAUGUUGUUCGAGAAUGUCUUGAAAAAGAGCCUGCAGACAAGACUGAUGAUGACAUUGAACAGUUACUAGAGUUCAUGCACCAGCUCCCUGCCUUUGCAAACAUGACCAUGUCUGUGAGGAGAGAGCUCUGUUCAGUGAUGAUUUUCGAAGUGGUAGAGCAGGCUGGAGCUGUUAUUCUUGAAGAUGGCCAAGAGCUUGACUCGUGGUAUGUUAUUUUAAACGGCACUGUAGAAAUCACUCAUCCAGAUGGAAAGGUUGAAAAUCUCUUUAUGGGAAAUAGUUUUGGAGUUACUCCCACUCGGGAUAGGCAGUACAUGCACGGAAUUGUGAGGACUAAAGUAGACGAUUGUCAGUUUGUCUGCAUAGCCCAGCAGGAUUAUUGGAGAAUUCUAAAUCAUGUGGAAAAAAAUACCCAUAAAGUGGAGGAAGAGGGAGAAAUUGUCAUGGUUCAUGAGCACCGGGAGCUAGACCGGAGUGGGACCAGGAAAGGACACAUCGUCAUCAAGGCAACGCCUGAGCGUCUCAUCAUGCAUUUAAUAGAAGAACAUUCCAUUGUGGACCCAACGUAUAUAGAAGAUUUCUUAUUAACAUAUAGGACAUUUCUUGAAAGCCCUUUGGAUGUUGGAAUCAAACUGUUGGAAUGGUUUAAGAUUGACAGCUUGAGGGAUAAGGUGACACGGAUUGUAUUAUUGUGGGUAAAUAAUCAUUUUAAUGAUUUCGAAGGUGAUCCAGCUAUGACUCAUUUUCUAGAGGAAUUUGAAAAACAUCUAGAAGAUACGAAAAUGAAUGGUCAUCUGCGGUUAUUAAAUAUUGCUUGUGCAGCAAAGGCAAAGUGGAGACAGGUUGUGUUGCAGAAGGCUUCCCGGGAGUCCCCUCUGCAUUUUACCCUUAAUGGAGGAAGUGAGAAAGGAUUUGGUGUUUUUGUUGAAGAGGUAGAACCAGGUAGCAAAGCUGCCGAUGCGGGAUUGAAACGUGGUGAUCAAAUAAUGGAAGUAAAUGGACAAAAUUUCGAGAAUAUCACGUUUGUGAAGGCCCUUGAAAUUUUGAGGAAUAAUACACAUCUUGCACUUACUGUAAAGACCAACAUUUUUGUGUUCAAAGAACUACUCAGCAGGGCUGAACAGGAGAAGUGCGGGAUUCCUCAUAUUCCCAAAAUCGCUGAAAAAAAAAGUAAUCGUCAUUCCAUCCAGGAUGUGCCGGGGGAUAUUGACCAAACAUCACAGGAGAAAGCAAAUAAGAAGGUCAAAGCAAAUACUGUUUCAGGAGGAAGAAACAAAAUCAGGAAAAUUUUGGAUAAGACACGAUUUAGUAUCUUGCCUCCAAAACUGUUCAGUGAUGGAGGCCUGAGUCAGUCACAGGAUGACAGCAUUGUGGGAACAAGGCACUGCAGGCACAGUCUGGCCAUCAUGCCCAUUCCUGGGACCCUCUCCUCCAGCAGUCCUGACCUCCUGCAGCCCACCACGAGCAUGCUGGAUUUUUCCAACCCUUCAGAUAUUCCUGAUCAAGUUAUAAGAGUAUUCAAAGCAGAUCAGCAGAGUUGCUACAUCAUCAUCAGUAAAGAUACUACAGCGAAGGAAGUUGUUUGUCAUGCUGUGCAUGAAUUUGGCUUGACUGGCGCAUCUGACACUUACUCUCUGUGUGAAGUUUCUGUUACACCUGAGGGAGUCAUAAAGCAGAGAAGACUUCCAGACCAGUUCUCCAAGUUAGCCGACAGAAUUCAACUGAAUGGAAGGUACUAUUUAAAAAAUAACAUGGAAACAGAAACCCUGUGUUCCGAUGAAGAUGCUCAGGAGCUGGUGAAGGAGAGUCAGCUCUCCAUGCUGCAGCUCAGCACCAUUGAGGUCGCCGCCCAGCUGUCAAUGAGGGACUUCGAUUUGUUCCGGAACAUUGAGCCUACUGAGUACAUUGAUGAUCUUUUUAAGUUAGAUUCCAAAAUAGGGAAUACUCACUUGAAAGCAUUCGAAGACAUUGUGAACCAAGAAACAUUCUGGGUUGCCUCGGAGAUUUUGACUGAAUCAAAUCAGCUCAAGCGAAUGAAACUUAUUAAGCAUUUUAUUAAAAUUGCACUUCAUUGUCGGGAGUGUAAAAACUUCAAUUCCAUGUUUGCAAUAAUAAGCGGCUUGAACUUGGCACCUGUAGCACGACUCAGAGGUACUUGGGAAAAGUUACCAAGCAAAUACGAGAAGCAUCUCCAGGAUCUGCAAGACCUUUUUGAUCCAUCCAGAAACAUGGCAAAAUACAGAAAUAUCCUUAGUAGUCAGAGCAUGCAGCCUCCAAUAAUUCCACUUUUUCCUGUUGUCAAGAAAGAUAUGACAUUUCUGCAUGAAGGAAAUGACUCUACAGUAGAUGGUUUAGUAAACUUUGAAAAACUCAGAAUGAUCGCCAAGGAAAUCCGUCAAGUUAUGCGAAUGGCGUCUGCUAAUAUGGACCCGGCUGUGAUGUUUAGGCAGAGGUCACUGAGUCAAGGCAGCACAAAUUCAAACAUGCUGGAUAUUCAGGGAAGCGGGCACAAGAAACGAGCACGCCGUAGCUCUCUGCUUAAUGCCAAAAAGCUAUAUGAGGAUGCCCAGAUGGCACGGAAAGUCAAGCAGUAUCUUUCUGGUCUGGAUGUAGAGACAGAUGAGGAGAAGUUCCAGAUGAUGUCCUUGCAGUGGGAGCCUGCGUAUGGUACCUUGACCAAGAAUUUAAGCGAGAAAAGAUCUGCCAAAUCAUCUGAAAUGUCUCCAGUGCCUAUGAGGUCAGCUGGCCAGCCAGCUAAAGUGCACUUGCAUCAGCCCCACAGAGUCAGCCAGGUGCUUCAGGUGCCAGCUGUUAACCUGCAUCCCAUCAGGAAGAAGGUACAAGUGAAAGACUCCAUGUUGAGUACAAGUUUACCUCAGAAAGUUCUAGGAGUAGCUGAUGAAGCAGGUAGUAGGAAACACCCAGAAGACGCGCUGUCCGUGGCCUCAUCCUUGCACUCCAGUCCCCCUGCCUCUCCCCAAGGCUCGCCCCGCAAAGGUUACACACUCACUCCAUCAGCUAAAUCUGACAACUUAUCUGACUCCAGCCAUAGUGAGAUUUCUUCACGGUCCAGCAUCGUGAGCAAUUGUUCUGUGGACUCCAUGUCUGCAGCUCUGCAGGAUGAACGGUGUUCUGCCCAGGCCCUGGCACUUCCUGAAUCUACCAGAGCAUUGGAAAAAGCAGAGCAGCCCUCAGGAACGGGAGACCAUGGGCAGCUUGGUCCUGGGGGGCCACUCCCGAAGCCAUCUCUAAUCAAGGCUCUGACUGUCUCCGCUUCCGUGAGCAGCGAAGAGAUUUCUCACGAGCAUAUCAUCAUAGAAGCAGCUGACAGCGGUCGAGGCAGUUGGACUUCCUGUUCCUCCAGCUCACAUGACAACUUCCAAAGCCUUCCCAACCCCAAAAGCUGGGAUUUUUUGAACUCUUACCGCCAUACCCAUCUGGAUGACCCUAUUGCUGAAGUUGAAUCUACUGAGUGCGAGUCAUUUUCCUGUCCUAAAGGUUGCUCUAGAACUUGUGAUCCUUGUAAAGGAAGCCUUGAGAGUAAUCAUUCGAGACAGAGCUGGGCCUCCUCCAGCUCUCUGUCUGACACAUUUGAGCCCAACUACGGGACAGUUAAACGGAGAGUGAUAGAAAGUGCCCCCACUGAGUCGUGUGAAGGCACGGACCCCAAGGAUGCCACAGACCCACUGUAUAAGACUGUCACUUCCAGUACAGAAAAGGGCUUAAUCGUGUACUGUGUCACUUCACCCAGGAAGGACAGUAGGUACAGGGAGCCGCCUCCGACUCCUCCAGGCUAUUUGGGAAUUUCUUUAGCCGACCUAAAAGAAGGACCCCACCCGCACCUAAAGCCUCCAGACUAUAAUGUGGCCGUGCGGCGGUCCAAGAUGAUGCAGAGCGGCCUCUCUCGACCGCCGCCAGCACCUGUCGCUAGCCGCCCUGGGGCCUGUACCCCGGCGAAGACUGUAGGCCAGCCCCAGAGGCAGCAGCCGCAGCCGCCCCCUGCUGCCGUAGCAGUGUUGACUGAUGCAGAUAGCGAAGCCGACGAAAAUGAACAAGUGUCAGCAGUGUAGCCUUCGGAUGGCUCCAUUGAAGAGCACUGAAAGUCACAGCAGAGGGCUGGCACCACCUCAAUGCCGUGCCCGGGCCGCUGCCAACCAACAGCUUGAUGCUGCUUCCAGCCCAUGCAGAGGUGCCACUCCUGGCGCUCCAAGCAGUGAGACAGUCACCUUCCCUUUCCUGUAGUCCCUGUAGAGUGUCCUCCGCCUGGAUGCUGGGCCUGGGGACAUUGUGCCAGAACUGCCUUGGGACCACAGUUACAGGACAAGUUGGGACUUGGUUGUCUUCGUGCAUAUCACUGUGGAUUUUCCUUUAACAAGUGAUUUUAAAAGCAGUGGUAUUACUUUUUCCAAGCCAUAGCUUGGGCUAAAGAACAAAUUCAGAAUGUCUGCCAAUGCCAAGGAUGUUCUUAUGUAUUUGAAGAGUAACUUAUUAUUUAAAAUGUUGUGUUUUUGUUUGUAUUUGGGAGCUCGUGCUAGUUGAUGUGUGUGUUUGAGGCCAUAAACCUGUGCCUGCCCUGAGCCAGGGAAGUCGCCUGUGGAGGUUCGACAUGUUUGGUUGGCACAGACACAGCCCAUCCUGUAGCACCCGUGCCGGUGGGGGCCCAGGUGAGGCCAAACAGGAAGCCUUUGUCCUUGAGGGGUCAAGAAGCCUGCUGCUCACGGUGUAGGGACCAAGUGCAGCUGCUGUUGGGUUUGCCGUCAGUCCCGUGGGACAGGGGCGGAGGUAUUAUACAGUAGGCAGGAACCCUAAUUUCCAGAAAACAACUUUUGAUAUUUAAUGGCGUAGAAAUCAUGCUGUGUAUAAAAUUAAAAGUGCACAAAUGAACAUCCAGUUAAUAGAGAACUGUCCAGAACAGCUAAACUAAAAUUUCUCUCAGUUCACAUAAGGAGUUCUUUUUCUUUUUAAAGGAAGUAUAAUCUGUAAAUUGCUUUAAGCUUGCAGUAUCUGUUGUGCUACUCAAGUCCCACCCUGGCUGGAGCACCGUGCCAUGUCCGGCUCGGGCAGGCCCUGUGCCUCUGCACUACCACUGUCCUGCUCAGGAGCCCACUGGGCUGAAAUCGGUUGGAAACGUGUGUGAGAAAAACAAGGUGGACUUGUAGAAGUGACUGCCUUUUGAUUCCCAGCUUAUCCUUGUGAGGACGCCGCUUUCCUGACUUCUGGCCUCGGCAUUGUUGCUUCAGUUGUUAAAAUUCAGUGUUUACUGGGUAAGGCAGGUUAUUCACAUUUUAACAGAUUAGUAUUUGUGUGAAGUUUAAAUUUUUUCAUCUGCUUUUCAAGAGUAAAGACAAGUGAGAUUUUGAUGAACUUCUGUGUGUACCAAAAAGACAAACUAGGCAAACGCCAAAGUCACAAAGGUAGCCCAGGACCGGCUCGGAUCCAGGUAGGGCCAAGUCAGAGUGACGGUGUGCACUGCGUUGUUGGAGUUUGCUGUUUUUCCUGAGCGGGCUCUUUUCUCUGUUUUCCUGCCUGUUCCCUUGGUUUUAAGGUAGUGAGUCACUUCCUGAUGGUACUAGUUUAUUUUACCCAUCAAAAUGAUUAGCUCUUCUGUUUAGGAAAAGCAGUGUGUCUGGAAGAUUUCUCUGAAAUUAGGCUGGGGCUGGAGGCCACACUGAGCAGAGGCUCAAACGUGGGAUUAGAAGGAAGCAUGCUGUGUUGCUUCCUGGGUCCUUUGAAGUGGAAGUCGCCUGUAUCACAAAAUCGCCACAUUCGAAAAUCAUGGCAUUGUGAUUUGGCCUGUGAUCAGUAGUCCUCCGUUACAGAUUAUUAUUUUUCCUUUGCCAACACUGAUUUAUACAGUAUUCUUUACAUGUCUACAGCAAAAUAGAGUGGAAGAUAUUUUAGCUGUACCUACCUUUUUAACAAUUUUUGGUAUCUAUUUUUGCCAUUUUAUAUUCAUUAUUCCAAAAAAAAAAAGUGCUUUCUGCACAGUAUGUUUUGUUUAGCAGAUCUUUCAAGCCAAACAGAAAUAAGCCUUACCUGUUAUUGUCCUUGCUGAAUCAGUAGCACCGUGCAUGCAGGGUGGGUCUGGGACUCGUACAUCAUGGCUGCCUUGUUUUAUUUAGCUUUAGCUGUGUGUUUGGACCAGCCGAUCACAUUGAUUGGCAAAUAAAGCCAAAUGCUUUGUAGUUUGGUAUGUUUGAAUAUCAUAAAAGCUCCUGAGGUUUUGGUUUUUGCAUUUUAACUUGAGGGAAUAUUUCCCCAUUUUAGUUUUCCAUGUGACGGAAACGCAGGAAGCCUUAACCUGUACUUGCUCUGAUCCAAAUCCCCUUUUCUCCUUACUUUAUAAAAUUGUGGCUUUAAUUAAAAAAAAAAAAGUGAGUGCCCUGUCCAUCCGUUUAGAACUCUGAAUCUGCUGCAACAACUAACACCACAGCAAGCCCUCGGUGCAGACUCCUGCCCGGCAGCGCACGCACCUCCACUGCAGCCUGGCAGCCUCAGUAGGUUUGCAUCUUCUCCAAGUGCUUGCCGCCAAAAAACUUGGGGAAAGAGUAAUAAACCUUUUAUGGAUUUUCAUGAAGGUGGUAAUUCCAAUAUCAUCGUCAUCCCUGUCCCCGCCUUGGAGAAGAAUCUCUCCCAGCUGCAAAUGUGGCCGUCAUCUAGGGGAUUUCUAAAACAACCCUGAGUUUUAUAGAAUUCUUCACCUUACAAAGAAGAAACAGUUUCCUUACGUAGUUAAAGUGAUGAUUAUAGUUCUGGUGCAAGAUUGGCAACAAUGUGAUGUUACCAUGUCUGUUUGCAUGGCAUUGCCUUACAGGCUAGGAGGAGGGGCUGGAUCUCCAGAAAAGUGUCCCAGUUUGCAAACUUGAACCCCAGUUGGUCUCUAGGUUUUGUUAUACCUUCCUAAGGCUUUCUUUAUUUUUGAUACACAGAAUGCAGUUGAACCUAAAAUCUUUUUAAAUUGAACAUGUGAGCUUGUCAGCAACAGAGAAAAACAAAAUUGCACAGUUGUAAUAAUCAAGUAACAAUUGUACUGCACAAUUCCAUGAUUGUAAGGCAUCCUGUGACAAUGCUGUCUCCUAUUUUUUGAUACCUCUGAAAUUUAUGUCUUUUAGAAAGACAGUGCCUCUGUAUGCUUUUUGUAUUUUUAAUGAGUGUAAAUAUUUGUUAUAUUUUUGGUUAAGAGAAUGUAAAAGUACCAUUUAUUAUUAUCAUAGCUACUAAUACAUUGGUGGAAUCAAUAAAGAGUCUACAUUAA